AUGGAUUUGGAAACAGCACGUGCAAAUUAUCCAAACAGACUAGAGAGGUUAGAAGAAGAACGUCUUAUGGACAUGCCUUUCGAUGUUAGUGAACCUCAAGUUGAAGGACACGACGGCUUUGCCAGAUUCUACUGGAAACAUGACGAACAAUUGCAUCCUUUGAGAAGGAAAAAAGGUAGUGCAGAGGAUGGUCAUGCUCCCAUGGAAAGAACAAGAUAUGCAUAUGAGAAGUACCGUGAAGUUAGAAGUCAAAUUACAUCUGGUCGAACCUUUACAGUAAACUUUGACGAAGGAAAGAACAAAGAAGGCUUCAUGGGUGUACUUGCUGCCAUACAAGACGGAAAUAAGAAAGGACACAAUCUCAGAUUGACCAUAACAGAUUUGGAUGGUCACAUUUACUAUGCACAUGGCAAUGUCACAACAGCUGCAAUGCUUCUUGACGCUUUCAAGACUACAAAGAGAGAACAAAUGGUUGACUCCGACUCAGACAUUUUGAAUGCAAUUGAAGGAAUUGCAAGUGUCAAGUUCGAAUGGUACCAACCUAACCCUCAAGCAGUCAGACAACAUGCUGGAUACUUCCCCUUCAGAAAUAAGUCUGACAUUGACUUGACAAGGUAUGGAAUUUACAAUUCAAUUGAAACAAUUGUCAAUGAACCUUGCAUUCUUACAUGUCUCAGGAACUCUGGUCUUGUUACAGAUGAGAAAAUGAAGUAUCUUGAGUCAUGUGUGAAGACAAGGUACAUUCUCAGAGGUCAAUUGGCAAAAAUUGCACCGUUGGCAAAUGUCAAUAUCCGAGUCAACAUACCUACAGCUAAAG